AUGAGUACAUCCUCAUCCUCAUACUUACCGCAAAAGGAGUUUAGCGAAACCAAUAUCUACCACUAUGACGAGGUACCAGAAAACAAAUCAUGGGCUUCUUCUUUGCCUAUAGCAAAGGGACUUUACAAUCCUGAAUUGGAAAAAGAUGCCUGUGGUGUCGGUUUCACCUGUCACUUGAAAGGUUCUCCAUCUCAUAAAAUAGUAUCUGAUGCAAAAAACUUGUUAUGUAACAUGACCCACAGAGGGGGUGAGUUGAAUCCCAAAGAUGGUGAUGGUGCUGGUUUAUUAAGUUCAAUUCCUCACAAAUUCUUACAACGCGAGUUUCAAUACCAUUGCAAUGUCACUUUACCAAGAAAAGGUCAAUAUGGUGUGGGUAACUUAUUCUUCAAGAAGGAUGAUGCUGUUUUUGACAAGUCUAAAAAGACAUUUGAAAACAUUGCCGAUUCUUUGGAUUUGAAAGUAUUGGGAUGGAGAAAAGUACCACACGACUCGUCAAUCUUGGGCCCAGCGUCGUUGUCAAGAGAACCAUACAUCUUGCAACCAGCAGUUGUUUUGAAGGAAACUUUGGGUUUAGAUGUGGAUGAAGACGAGUUUGUUGCAAAAUAUCAACAAGACUUUGAAAAGAGAUUAUUUAUUUUGAGAAAACAAUCAUCCCAUACUAUUGGGUUACACAAUUGGUUCUACAUCUGUUCGCUUUCGUCAAAAACUAUAGUAUACAAAGGUCAAUUAGCUCCAAAUCAAGUUUACGCUUAUUACCACGAUUUGGUCAAUGCUGAAUACGAAUCACACUUUGCCUUGGUUCACUCAAGGUUCUCAACAAACACUUUCCCCUCUUGGGAUAGAGCACAACCUUUGAGAUUGGCAGCUCACAAUGGUGAGAUCAACACUUUGAGGGGUAACAAGAAUUGGAUGAGAGCUAAAGAAGGUGUUAUGAAAUCCAAAUUGUUUGGCGAAGAAAUGGACAAAUUAUUUCCAAUCAUCGAGGAGGGUGGUUCAGAUUCUGCUGCUUUUGAUAACGUGUUGGAAUUAUUGGUUGUCAAUGGUGUAGUUUCAUUACCUGAAGCCGUCAUGAUGAUGAUUCCUGAAGCUUGGCAAAACGAUGAAUACAUUGACCCAAAAAAGAAGGCAUUCUAUGAAUGGGCCGCUUGUUUGAUGGAACCAUGGGAUGGUCCUGCUUUGUUCACGUUUGCCGAUGACAGAUACUGUGGUGCUAACUUGGACCGUAAUGGUUUGAGACCAUGUAGAUACUACGUUACCGAUGAUGACAGAAUGAUUUGCGCUUCUGAAGUUGGUGUCAUUAGCAUUGAACCGGAAAAGGUUUUACAAAAGGGAAGAUUACAACCAGGAAGAAUGUUGUUGGUUGACACCAAGGAAGGUAGAAUUGUUGAUGACAGAGAGUUGAAAAACGGUGUUGCUUCCAGAUUUGAUUUCAAGAGUUGGGUAUUGGCCAACAUGAUUUCAUUAAAGGAUUUGUCGGAAAAAUUUGAGUCCAGAAAUAUAAACUUGAAUACAAAGCCAAUCGAUACCGACUUGACUAUCCAAACCGACCCAAGAUUGGUGGCAUCGGGCUACUCUCACGAACAAGUCUUGUUUGUGUUGGCUCCAAUGGCUGAGGGUAACGAGGCAUUGGGCUCUAUGGGUAAUGAUAACGCUUUGGCUUGUAUUUCUGAACAACCCAAGUUAUUGUAUGAAUAUUUCCGCCAAUUGUUUGCUCAAGUCACUAACCCACCAAUCGAUCCUAUUAGAGAAAAGAUUGUUAUGUCCUUGGAGUGCUACGUUGGUCCUCAGGGAAAUCUUUUGGAAAUGAAGCCAGAUCAAUUGAAUAGAUUGUUAUUGAAGUCACCAAUCUUGACUAAUAGUGAAUUAUUGGCAAUCCAAAACAUUGAAAAAGUUUACCCUACUUGGUCAGUUGCUACCAUUGACAUUACCUUUGAAAAGUCUGAAGGCAUACAAGGUUACAUCAGCACUAUUGAUAGAAUUUGCCAGGCCGCUUCAAAGGCUAUAGCUGAUGAUAAUCAAAUCAUCAUAUUGAGUGAUCUUGCCACCUGUGCUGAUAGGUUACCAAUUUCUGCAUUGAUUGCAGUUGGUGCCGUCCACCACCACUUGGUUAGACAAAAGCAACGUUCAAAGGUUGCGUUGAUUAUUGAAACCCAGGAAGCCAAAGAAGUACAUCAUGCUUGUUGUUUGGUUGGUUACGGUGCCGAUGGUAUCAACCCUUACUUGGCCAUGGAGACCUUGGUUAGAAUGAAAAGACAAGGUCUUUUGAAAGAUGAAUCAUUAACUGAAGAAACAGUGAUUGACAAUUACAAAAAGUCAAUCGAUGCCGGUAUCUUGAAAGUCAUGUCCAAGAUGGGUAUCUCAACUUUAGCAUCUUAUAAAGGUGCACAAAUCUUUGAAGCUCUUGGUAUUGACAACUCAGUUAUUGAUAAAUGUUUUGCUGGUACUGCAUCUAGAAUCAAGGGUGUUACAUUUGAAUAUAUUGCUCAAGAUGCAUUCACUUUGCAUGAAAGGGGAUACCCAACGAGAGAUACCGUUAAGCCAAUUGGUUUGCCAGAAACUGGUGAGUACCAUUGGAGAGACGGUGGUGACGCCCAUAUCAACGACCCUGCCGCAAUUGCGUCAUUGCAAGAUGCAGUUCGUAACAAGAAUGAAAGAGCCUUUGAUGCUUAUUGCAAGAAGGAGAAUGAAGCAGUAAGAAACUGUACAUUGCGUGGUUUGUUAGACUUUGACUUUGAGUCUUCAACGCCAGUGCCAAUUGACCAAGUUGAACCAUGGACUGAAAUUGUGCGCCGUUUCUUCACCGGUGCCAUGUCCUAUGGUUCCAUUUCAAUGGAAUCACACUCGACAUUAGCUGUUGCUAUGAACAGAUUGGGAGGAAAGUCCAACACAGGAGAAGGUGGUGAAGAUGCCGCUCGUUCUCAAGUAAAUGAAAAUGGUGACACCAUGAGAUCAGCUAUCAAGCAAGUUGCAUCUGGUAGAUUUGGUGUUACAUCAUACUAUUUGGCUGAUGCUGAUGAGUUACAAAUCAAAAUGGCUCAAGGAGCCAAGCCUGGUGAAGGUGGUGAAUUACCAGGCCACAAAGUGUCUGCCGAAAUUGGUAAAACUAGACACUCGACUCCAGGUGUUGGUUUGAUCUCUCCUCCUCCCCAUCAUGAUAUCUAUUCCAUCGAAGACUUGAAACAAUUGUUGUAUGACUUGAAAUGUUCAAACCCAAGAGCUAGAACUUCAGUGAAGUUGGUCUCUGAGGUUGGUGUUGGUAUUGUUGCCGCAGGUGUUGCCAAAGCUGGCUCGGAAAAUAUCUUGAUUUCUGGAGGUGAUGGUGGUACCGGUGCUGCUAAAUUGACCUCUAUCAAAUAUGCAGGUUUACCUUGGGAGUUGGGAUUAGCUGAAUCUCACCAGACAUUAGUUUUGAACGACUUGAGAGGAAGAGUUGUUUUACAAACUGAUGGUCAAUUGAGAACCGGUAGGGAUAUUGCAAUUGCAUGUUUGUUGGGUGCUGAGGAGUGGGGAUUUGCAACGACUCCAUUGAUUGCCAUGGGUUGUAUCUAUAUGAGAAAAUGUCACACUGGUGCUUGUCCAGUUGGUAUUGCCACUCAAGACCCUGAAUUGAGAAGAAAGUUUGAAGGUACUCCAGAGCACGUCAUCAACUUUUUCUACUACAUGGCAAAUGAUUUGAGGCAAUUUAUGGCUAGCUUGGGUUUUAGAACUGUUGCUGAAAUGGUUGGAAGAGCCGAAAAAUUAAAGGUUAGAGAAGACUUUAGAAACACCAAAAAUGCCAAUAUUGAUUUAUCACCAAUUCUUACUCCUGCUCAUACUAUUAGACCAGGUGUUGCUACCCACUGUGUUAGAAAGCAAGAUCACAAGUUGCACAUCAGAGUUGAUAACAAAUUGAUUGAUGAGUCUGAGUUGACCUUGGCCAAAGGGUUGCCAGUCACUAUUGAUUGUGAGGUUGUCAACACUGAUCGUUCUUUGGGUACUACCUUGUCGUAUAGAGUGUCCAAGACGUUUGGUGAACAAGGUUUGCCUCACGACACCAUUCAUGUCAAUGUCACUGGUUCAGCCGGUCAAUCAUUUGGUGCUUUCUUAGCUUCAGGAGUCACAUUAGAAUUGGAAGGAGAUGCCAAUGAUUACAUUGGUAAAGGUUUAUCUGGAGGUAGAAUUAUUGUGUACCCACCACUUGAAUCAAAAUUCAAAGCAGAAGACCAGAUCAUUGCUGGUAAUACUGCCUUCUUUGGUGCCACUUCGGGUUCUGCGUUCGUCAGAGGUAUUGCUGCUGAAAGAUUUGCUGUUAGAAACUCUGGAGCUAUUAUUGUCGCUGAAGGAACGGGUGACCAUGGUUGUGAAUACAUGUCAGGUGGUAGAGUUGUUGUUCUUGGCUCAACUGGUAGAAACUUUGCUUCCGGUAUGUGUGGUGGUAUUGCUUAUGUGUUGGACAUGGCACAGGACUUUACCGAUAAGGUCAACAAGGCAAACGUUGAACUUUCAUCCGUCACUGAAACCGAUGAAAUUGCAUUUUUGAGAAACUUAAUUGAAGACCAUCGUCAUUACACCGGGUCAGAAGUUGCUGAUAGAAUCUUGAAUGACUUUAACAGGUACUUGCCAAGAUUCGUCAAGGUCUUGCCUUAUGACUACAAGAAGGUUUUGGAGAAGGAAAAGAGACUUGCUGAAGAGGCCAAGAAGAAGGAAUUGAGCAAGUUUAUGAAGUCAAUCAAGGAAGAUCCUGAAUCGGAUGUUACCAACGGCGAAGCGUACAAGAUCAAGAAAGGACAUGUACACCGGCCAUCUCACGAAAAGAAGAAUCAUGAACCCAAAGUAGCCGAUGUUGAGGACACUAUCUUUGAUACAGAGUUUGAAAAGAAAGCGCCAGUUAAAUUGGAUAAAGUCAGGGGAUUUAUGAAGUACAAGCGUAGAAACGAAAAGUAUAGAGAUGCCAAGCUGAGAACCAAGGACUGGAAUGAAAUGACACUGAGAUUGACCAAGGACGAGUUGAAAUAUGAAACCGCUAGAUGUAUGGAUUGUGGUGUUCCAUUUUGUACUUCUGACACAGGUUGUCCAAUCUCCAAUGUUAUCCCUAAAUGGAAUGAGUUGGUGUUUAAUGACAGGUGGUUUGAUGCCUUGCAAAGGUUAAUGAUGACCAAUAACUUCCCCGAGUUCACUGGUAGAAUUUGUCCUGCACCAUGUAACGGAGCUUGUGUUUUGGGUAUCAAUGAAGACCCUGUCAAUAUUAAAUCUGUUGAAUGUGCCAUUAUCGAUUAUGGAUUCGAACAAGGUUGGAUUAAACCAGAGCCCCCAACUCAUAGAACUGGAAAGACUGUGGCAGUUAUCGGGUCCGGCCCAGCUGGUUUGUCCUGUGCUGAUCAGUUAAACAAGGCUGGCCAUUCAGUUACGGUAUAUGAAAGAAGUGACAGACCCGGUGGUUUAUUGAUGUACGGUAUUCCAAAUAUGAAAUUGGACAAGGGAAUUGUCAAGAGAAGAACUGAUUUGCUAGCUGCCGAAGGUAUCGAGUUUGUAUGUAACACCACUGUUGGUGAAGACAUUACUGUUUCAGAGUUGCAAUCCAAUUUUGAUUCAGUCGUUUUCGCAGUCGGUUCCACCAUCCCAAGAGACUUGAAGAUUCCGGGUAGAGAGUUGGAAAAUAUCAGUUUUGCCAUGCAGUUGUUGCACAAAAACACCAAAGCCCUAUUGGAUGAUGAAUUGGAAGAAGUACGCAAGACUUUGGCAGGUAAACACGUUGUUGUUAUUGGUGGUGGUGAUACCGGUAACGAUUGUUUGGGUACAUCGACCAGACACGGCGCCAAAUCAGUCACCAACUUUGAGUUGUUGCCACAUCCACCUUCAGCUAGACCAAAGGACAACCCGUGGCCACAAUGGCCAAGAGUCUUUAGAGUCGAUUACGGUCACACUGAAGUCUCUGCUCACUACGGUAGUGAUCCCAGAGAAUAUUCCAUCUUGUCAAAGGAAUUCAUUGGUGAAGAUGGCAAAGUCAAGGGUAUCAAGACUGUUAGAGUUGAGUGGAAACGUUCCGACCUGGGUGCUUGGCAAAUGGCUGAAGUUCCAGGUAGUGAAGAAUUCUUCCCUGCUGAUGUUGUGUUAUUGUCCAUGGGAUUCGUUGGUCCUGAUGCUGACAAUCUUGAAGUUAACAAGACAAAAAGAGGUACCAUCACCACAGUUAAUCCAAAUGUGUACAAAGUGGACAAUGAUUCCAAUUUGUUUGCCGCUGGUGAUUGUAGAAGAGGUCAAUCAUUGGUUGUUUGGGGUAUUCAAGAAGGAAGACAGUGUGCUAGAGAAGUUGAUGAGUACUUGAUGGGAUCAAGUAGGUUGCCAGGGAAUGGUUCUAUUGAACAAAGAAGUUACAAGUUGCUUGAAGAACUUGCUGAAAAUGCUUGA